GCAGCUCCACCCUCGCUCUUGCACACAAAUCCUUUUCCCUCACACUUCCCAACAACAGAUUGACCGGGAAGUCAGUGCUUGGACCAUGUAAUCCAUGAUCCGCUUCUUCUUAUGAUCUGCUUCGUUCUCGCUUACUGUGUCUCCCUUGACACCGACUUUGUUUCCAUUUGGGGAAAGCCUUUGGCGCCGGACCAUGGCUCUUUUUCUUUUCCAGGAUGAACGUGAUAGUCUAUAAGUAUAAGGAGAGGUUGUUUCCCCCCUCCCUCCUUUCCUUGAGCGUCUCACUUUGAUUUCAAUCAACGCUGUCAAAAGUCCUCAAAGUCUACUUCUUUGUUACCCUUCUUUCAUUGUCCUUUGGAUAUUCUUUGUACAUGCCUCCAGUCAACCAUGGCACCAAACGCUCAGGAUUCCGGAGAACGUUACUUGCAAAGCUCUCCGUGCUUGGGCUCUCCUCUCGGACACUUCGCUCAAACUCCAACUCCCAUGAAGGCUGAACAAAUUUCCGGUAGACCUGAGCAUAUCCCCAAUGGCUCCUCUACUGAGUUCCCGUAUGGCUUAAUGAGCCCGAUGCAGGAGCUGCCGGUCCGCAUGGAAGAGGCACCUGCUGCAGAACCGGCCCGUGUCGAUCCUACUGAAUGGUAUCCGCACUAUUUGAUCUGCUUGCGGCACUUUUUGGAUCACGCGCAGCAUACGCUUCCUGUUCAAUCAUUGGCGACCUUCAUUAAUAUUCGUCUUCCUUGCCAGCGGUCGUCUUAUCCUGUCUUUCAGUUCACUCAGUCAGAGAUUUCUGCCGCAUCUGUUUCUUUGACGCCGUACAUCCGACGACUUAUUGUUACCGGCAACGAUACGCCAUCAGUUUUGCAGGCAUUUUUUGGUAAUGGCUGGGAGGCUGGCAUCGACUACAUUUGGAAGCAGGAACGCAUGAAUUACUUGUUCACGGCCAAAAGUAGUGGAUGGGCCUCGACCAAGGAAACCUACGAUACUCUCCCCGAUGAGCAAACCCCAACUCUACGACCUCUUCGCAACCCCACGGAAGAGGAGCUGUGCUCAGCUGACGCGCGAUGGAGCGAAUGGCUAGCAAUGGAGGAUUGGAUGGUUGGACCGCGAAGUCCAUGGUAAAGGGGAAGCGUCUCAUGACGAUGUGAUGGGCUACGAUUUUGACGAUAAUAUAUCACUCGUUUCGAAUCUUUCUUUUGUUCAGUAUUUUUUUUUUUGGGGGGGGGAUUUCUGCAGCGAAGCAGUUUACGUAUCAUAUUUCCUUUUUCUGGUUCCAAUUUUGGUGUAACUAUCUACAGCAGAGCAAUAUAUCGAAUC